AUGUAUAUAUUUAUUUAUUUAUUUAAAUUAUGAUAAAUGUGAACCAAUAAUUGGAAAAGGUUAAGCAUUUCAACUAAAAUUAUCAAUCUCAUAAAGUGAAAUUGAAACACAAGCUAAGACAGUAACGUUAGAAAUUUCUUGUGUGAAGAAAAACACCCAAAAUAGACUUUAAAUGAAGGCGAAAAUGAAGGACUUUCGUAUGGAAUACAUUUAAAAGAUGUACUAUCUAGUAUCAUCCACAUUCUUCUCAUUUAUUGAACAUGAUUAUUUUCGAAUUACGCAUUGAUUUACUGAUGACUAACUUAUUGAUAAGUGAAUUUUCAAAAACAAUGUAUGCAGUUCUCCUGGAAUAACACUGAAUAGGUGUUUCGUCCGCACUAGUCUUCAUCAACUGGUUAUCCUCUAGUCAAAUAGCAAACAAACCAACAGAACAGUGACGAGACAUUCUUCAAAUACACACUUUUUGAUAUCAAUAAUAAUAAUAAUAACAAUAUUAACCAACAAACAUGAAUGGAUUCAAUGAUACUCUACGCAUGAAUUGUACAGUACGUUAUCUAUUGAAUGAAUCCUUUAUCGACCCGAUCUCAGUAGAUGAUCGUUAUCCUAAAUGUGAGCUGUAUAAAAAAUUUAUGCCAACUAUUCUAUAUAUUUCAAGAACAUUUAUACUAAUAUGGUUAAUAAGUGGUCUAUUCGGCAACUUUGUCUCCUUUCUUAUCUGGACAUCAAAAGAACAAAGGCGUAAGAACAGUUCAGCGAUUUAUCUAGCUGCUUUGGCUUUAACCGAUUUUAUAUUAAUUCUCUUGUUAAUUAAUUAUGAUCUAGAAACUAGUUGGUGUAUCCGUGGUAUAUCUACAAUUAAUGGCAUAUGUCAAAUUUAUCAAUGUUUGUUUAUAUUUACACAGUUCUAUUCCAUCGUUCUUGUAUUCGGUUUCACGCUAGAACGCUACUUGGCUGUUUGCUUCCCAUUUAAACGACUUAAACUGUGUACAACUAAACGAGCAUUAAUCGCCGUUGUUAUCUUAAGUUUAUUUGUUAUUGGGCCAAUGUUAUUCCAGAUAGUGUUGUGGAAUUAUGAGAAUGGUGAGUGUCAAAUGCGUAUGGAUAUUGCACUAGACAGGCGUAUUCAAACGUUGAUAUCUGUACAAGAAAUAGUCUUUUCACUGGUUAUCCCGUUGGCUACACUCGUCUUUAAUAUCCUGGUUCUCUGCGAAAUGAGAAGGCUGUUAAAGUCAAGUAAUCUGCUGAAGAUUACGAAACAUCAUUCUUGUAGUAGUAAUAGCAAUAACACCACCACAACUACAACAACAGCUAUGAAUACUGCUCGUAACACUAUGAUGAAUGAUAAUGAUUACAAAAAUUUAAUUCAUAAAAGAUUCCGUUUGAAAAGUCUGUUUAAACCACGUAAAUCUACACAAAGCACUACUGACCAGUUGUAUCUUAAUGAUAAUAGUAAUAAUAGUACACGGAAUUCAGCCAGUCGUAAUGAUGAUUCUACCGGUACACCAAAUUUUAGUCCAUCAAGAACAUCAAAUUUCAAUGUUAACAACAACAACAACGCUAACACUAAUCCCCCGCCGUUAGGAGAUUCCCUCUCCAAAGAAUCAUCUCAAUUCGUCUCAGCUACGCUAAUGUUAAUUAUCUUAUCUUUUUAUUUAAUUGCAUGUACUGUACCCGCAGGAAUUGUAUAUCUUGUCCAAUUUCAAUUACCACAUGCAGAUGAAUGCCUAAAUGAUGAGGGUGUACUGAAUUCCCUUGAGUGGAAUAGUAUAUUUCAACAAUUAUCUGCUAAAAAAAUUGUCGAUGCAUUAUGUGCAUCACAUUAUGCAUGUAAUUUUUUCAUUUAUUUUCUCACAUGUACCGGAUUUCGGAAACAAGCCUUAAAUAUGAUAUUCAAGUGUCGUUUUAAACAGUCAAGAUAUUCACAAUCAGAUUUUGCGACAGAAACAUUGAUUUUAUCUAGGCGUACAGCACCGAGAACGCUACGGCCUAUUUCAGAUAAUGAUAUGAUGAUGGGUAUGGAAACAAAUCAUAAAGCAUUGCUGAUUUAUAAUAAUAAUUCAAAUUAAAUGAACCGCGGGUAAUUCAUUGUUGAUGUGUUUAAAACAGAUAAACAAACUAUACGUGAAAGAUUCAAUGAAAUAUUGUUCAAUGUUUGUUAAUUGUUUUAUUGGUUUGUUUGUUCAAUUUUUGAUUAUUAUUAUUUUUUACACAUAACCAUAAGUAUAGUUAUCGUUUCAUAUAUGAAGACAGAAAAAAUGUAAUUUCCAGUGGUGCACAUCAUUCGUGUAUACGAGACUGUAUGUCUAUGCCUCUUUUAGUUAUCUCUCCUUAUAAGCGCUUACCUACCGGCUCUUGUGAUCAUUGUCAUUAUGUUUGCCUGCCAACACAUUCUCAAUUUUGACAUCAAUCUAAUUACUGUCAUCAUCCUUAUUAGUAAUAAUAAUAAUAAUGUGUUCAUCGUGAAGUUAUUACCUUUUAUCGGCUUGUGCUUACCCUUUUUCCCUAUUUUGUCUUUCAUUCUGUUUGUGCGUGUGCGUGUGCGUGUGUGUUUCUGCGAACUUUGCAUCUCUGUGUUCGUUCAGUGUACAAAACAAAAUAACAGCAAAUUUUCUUUCUCUCUCUCUUGGAGUCUUAUUUUUUCUUUUUCUCCUUCUUCUUGUUCACUCAUGUACAAUAAUCAUAAUUGUCUAUCAAUUUUUAAUUAAAAAUAAUACUAUGCUAUGAUUUGUAUCGUAUUUCUUCUUUUUCUUUGGGUACUUUGACUACUUAUAAGUAGCUAAACU